AUGACGCGCGUCGCCUCCCCCCUACCCGCCGCGACGUUCGACUUCGACGCGCUCGACGACGCGUGCUUGGACCUGGACGGCAUCGAGGCGUGGCUCGACGACGUGCACGGCGACGUCGUCGCCUCGGGCAUCCUUCUCGAGGCUUCGAACGCGACGACGCCGCUCGACGCCUUCGCCGUCGACGCGCGCGACGACGACGACGCCGCGGGACGACGCGGCCGCGACAAGAAACGCGCGAGGCGAGAUGCACUUUCCGCGGCGGCGACGUCGUCCUCCCCGCCGGCGACGCCGCCGCACGACCCGUGGCGCGCGGCUUCGACGCGGCCCCCCGCGGCCCAGAUCGCGACCGCGCCCUCGCGCGGCGGCGGCGACGGCUCCGACUCCGCCGCGUCGGACGAAGACCUCGUCUUCUCCGCGGGACCCGCCGCCGGAACGACGACGACGACGACGACGACGACGGACGACGACGACGAAGAGCGCGAGAGGGCGCGCGAGCGGCUCGUCCGCAACCGCGCGUCCGCGGCGGCGUCGCGCAUGAGAAAACGCGCGGAGAUGGACUGCCUGAGAGCGCGGUGCCGCGAGCUCGAGCGCAUCAACGCGCAUCUGACGUACGCGGUGCAGUGCGCGCAGGCGGAGUGCGCGGGGCUCAGACGAGGGAUGGCGGCGACGACGGACGGGGACGCCGCGGUGACGGGGACGACGGGGACGACGGGGACGCCGCCCGGGCCCGCGGGGAUGUUUUUCCCGCCGCCGCCGGGGAUGUUCGGGAUCCCUCUCGUGCCGCUGCCGCCGCUCCCGGGAAAGAAAAGGGCGUCGCGCCCGGUUGCGACGCCGCCGACGCCGGCGACGGAGGACGACGCGGAUAUCGAACGACGAAGGACCUCGUCGUCGACCGCGACCGCCGCGACGACGACGACGAACUCUCUCUUCGCGCUGUCCGCAUCCGCACGCGCGUUCGUAGCCCUAUCGCCUCGUUUGUAA